AUGGGGGGAGUAAUUGCUGAUCACUUAGCCCACUGUUCACCUGCAGAAACUGAAGAGAUCCACGGUGACUUUCCAGAUGAGGAUAUCAUGGGGAUCGAGGUAGAAUCAUGGAAGAUGUAUUUUGAUGGAGCAACUAAUCAAAAUAGGAGUGGCAUUGGAGUUCUCUUAAUCUCUCCAAAAGGCACACACAUCCCAUUCUAUGGUAGGCUAAACUUUCCUACCACUAAUAAUGCCACUGAAUUCGAAGCUUGUAUUAUGGGAUUACAAGCAGCACUAGGUCUUAGGGUAAAAGAGUUGGAAGUAUAUGGUGAUUUAGCCUUGAUAAUUUCUCAGAUUCAAAAUAGAUGGAAGAUCAAGGAAGAAAAGUUAAUGCCUUAUCAUGAAUGUCUUCAGAAGUGGACCUCGAAAUUCAGCAUGAUCCAGUACCAAUAUGUGCCAAAAAUGCAGAAUUAG